AUGUCGGGACCGCGCACGACGAUUGGUGCCGGUGGAUACGAGAAGCCCGAGGAGGACACUUCUAUCAGCGCCAUCAAGCGAAAGUCGAUUCUUGGGGCCGAAUUCAGCGGGGUGCUCGAGGCAGACGAGGGAGCUGAAAACGACGUUCUGGAUCCGGAGCUGCCGCGAGCGUCGCCAGUGAAUUCUGCUUCUGUGUUAGCUACCACCAGCCAGC